CUUUAUCUUUGACUAGCCGUAACGUUAAUUACUCUCCAAAUCUCAAAGCAUUGAUUAAUAAAACAAAUGUUGACUAAUAAAAUCUCCGGUUAAACCUGGUUUACUUACCGGUUUAGUUUCGGUUUUCAUUUCUACUCCAUGUUAAAGCAAGCUAUAAAAAUGGCGAAUAUAACCAUCGUGAAAGCUUUCUCUCUCUUCUUCUUCUUCCUUCUUCUCUGCAUUUAAUUUUGGGUUUGAAUACGACGCUUCGUCUUCUUCUUUCUCCAAGCUACGUUCCGAGGAAAACUUUAUACGUAUAUGUAUAUAAAAGAUUUGACUUUGUAAUCUGAAAACGACGUUUUUGUUGAAAGAGAGAGCUUUUUUUUCCUUCUUUACCUAAAUCUGGAAAAUUUAAAGAAAGAUUUCUGAUUUUGAUACUCCGCGAUUUCGUGAGAUCGCUUGUUAGGUAAGAAAAGAAUUCGAAGACGAAAAAUGUCGAAUUUUGAGAAAAUCAUUUCUGGUUUUUGUUUUUCUGGAUCUUUGAAUUUGGAGCAAUAAAGGAUCAGUUUUUAUUUGAUGAUUCUUGUCUCUUGAUCUUGGGUUUGAUUUAAAAUUACGAUUUGAUUUGAUGAUUCGAUUUCAUAUAAAUCUGAGUUAAAUCUACAUUUUUGCAGAUACAUAGGUUUUACAUUAUUAUCAUCUGUUUCUUUGAUAAAAACAAAUGCCAGCAUUAGGUGAGAUACUUUUGGUUCCAGAAACUGAUAAAGGAAAGAGUAAAGAUUACAUUGAGGUUUCAGAGGAUGAGAAGAUUACAAGAACUCGUUCUAGAUCUUUAAAGAAGAAAGCUAUUAAAGCUUCGAAUAAAUUGACACAUAGUUUAAGGAAAAGAGGGAAGCGUGUCGCUGAUCAAUAUGCACCAAUUGUGAUUGAGGAUGUGAGAGAUGAAGAAGAGGAGAAAGCAGUGAAUGUAUUUAGAAAAGCUUUGGUUUCUUUAGAUUUGCUUCCACCACGGCACGAUGAUUAUCAUACCAUGUUGAGAUUCUUGAAGGCGAGGAGGUUUGAUCUUGAGAAAACAGUUCAGAUGUGGGAAGAAAUGUUAAAGUGGAGGAAAGAGAAUGGAGUUGAUACUAUAAUACAGGAUUUUGUUUAUGAUGAAUAUGAAGAAGUACAACAAUACUAUCCACAUGGUUAUCAUGGUGUAGAUAGAGAGGGACGGCCUGUUUACAUUGAACGGCUUGGUAAAAUUGACCCCGGCAAGCUAAUGAAGGUUACCACAUUGGAGCGGUUCUUGAGAUAUCAUGUACAGGGUUUUGAAAAGACUUUUUCUGAGAAGUUUCCAGCUUGUUCGAUCGCAGCAAAGAGGCACAUAAAUUCUUCGACAACCAUAAUAGAUGUGCAUGGAGUGAGCUGGAUGAGCUUUAGAAAAUUAGCUCAGGACCUUGUAAUGCGAAUGCAGAAAAUUGACGGUGACAACUAUCCUGAGACAUUGAAUCAGAUGUACAUUAUUAAUGCUGGAAACGGAUUCAAGCUUGUUUGGAACACCGUGAAAGGCUUUCUCGACCCGAAAACUACUUCUAAGAUACAUGUUUUGGGAAACAAAUAUCGCAGUCACCUUCUUGAAAUUAUAGAUCCAAGUGAGCUUCCUGAGUUUCUGGGUGGAAAUUGCAAGUGUGCACAUGAAGGUGGGUGUAUGCGAUUCAACAAGGGGCCUUGGAACGACCCGGAGAUAAUGAAACUAGUGCGCUCGAGAGAUGCAAUGUACAAACCAAAAGAAAUGGGGCUUCUGGAGAAUGGGGAAGUAGCUAAAUUAUUUUCCUUACGGCAUGUGAACACAGAUAUGUCAUCACCUGAUGGAGGCCAUGUUAGGGAGAGAGAAUCGCAUCCUGAACAUGACAAACGUGCUCAGCUGAGCAAUCAAGCUGAAGCAGUUGGUGUUGGGAGAAUGGAACAGUCUGAUUCAACAAGUCCAUUACCGAAUAAUCUGGCAGUAGAAAGGAGUUUAACGACCUCUCUUCAGAAAGUUGCAAGUUUUUUGGCCCGUUUUAUCCUCCAACUUCUUGGCAGUCUAUGUCUCAUGUUCCGGAUCUUGGGAAGACUUGUAAAUAAGCAACCAGAGAACCAAUUGAGACCGGAGUUAAGUGUUUCAGUCUCCCAGCAACAAGUUCCUCCUCCUCAGGUCCAUCCAUGUUGGCUGAGGUUGCAAAAUCUGGAGACCAUGGUCACAGUUUUGUGUGAUAAACCCUCAAGUAUUCCUCAGGAAAAAGAAGAUAUACUUCGUGAUUCAUUAGACCGUAUCAAAUCCAUUGAGCAAGAUUUGCAGAAGACAAAGAAGGCGCUCUUUUUGACCGCGUCAAAACAAAUAGAACUCGCUGAGUGUUUCGAAAACUUGAAGGAGAGCAGUUCAACGGGAAUGCGAUCAUGCUGGCCAAGACACUGCAGAAACUUUCAAGCUGAAACCUGAUUUGCAGAAUAAAUUUAUCUUCGGAUCUCAUAUCCGAAGUCUGCAUAGCUACUACUUCACCCACUUAACCAUAUUACAGGUGAGAGAGACUUCACACUUAUCUCUUGUCAUAUCCCAACUAAAAUCUGUGUUCGUUAUGCUCACUUAGACUACUUAUCCUUCAAUGGUUUUUGUUUUUUCAGAUGGUAUAUAUAUAUAAAGGCAAAAUGGUAACAGGAAGUGAAAUUGAAGAGGAAAAAGCUUACAAAUUGUUUAGUAGCAAGCAAGCAGUGUUUAUGUACCAGUUUCUUUAGGUUAGAAAACAGAGGAAUUAGUGAACUAUUUCGGAAUAUACUUUUUUUUUUCCAUAACGAUUCUAUUGCAAAUCAUUGUUGUAUACUAUAUAAUCCAAUAGUGGUGAUUGUC